AUCAAUAAGGUCAAUUUUGUUGCGUCCAUGUAGGUUAGGGCUGGGAUGAUAUGCUUUUCUCCUGAUUCUUCUGCGAUUUUAAAUUGCGAUUUUGUCAAGUGUCUCGGGUUUUAGUCUGCAUUUGUAACACCAGUGAAACAGUUGAAUGAUUAUUAUAAUCUUUCGACUACUCCAGGAGCAAUAUUUCCCUCCCAAUAAAUACACAUCACAUGUAAGUCAGUUUUUAAGAUUCAUUUUUAAAUUUGAAACACAUAUAUUUUUGCUUUUUGUACAUAAAAAUCCAUUUAAAAUUGCUAAAUUAAAAGUUGUGAUACUUAUGUGAAUCAGUUUUUUCUUGCACCCCAAUUGUAGAUGGUUGUGUGGACAGUUUUCUUUAUAUUUAUGGGACAUUCAACUAGUCAAACGUGUAUAUAUUUCUGAAAAAUUACACAGAUGUUAAGACUAUAUGCCGAAGUCUGUUAAAAAAUGGGCUUGCUGGAGCCCCGGAAGUGGAUAUUCUGGUCCUUUUCGAAUAAACAACAACUCUCUAUCAUAUACUGACACUCCUGAGUUUAUACACAAAAGGUAUUAACCGACUCACCUCUGUACAAGCCUGCUUACAAUUUCGGAGUCGGUUCUUAUAGCCGACUCGUCCGUGAACGGCGCAAAAGAGUGGGCAGACCGCAGAAACAAGGGAGGAGAGCUCUCGCGUCCAGUUCGGGCCGGUUUCUUUUCGGUGCUUUUUUCUUUUCUGCACAGUUUUUUAACUAAAGUGGACCACUUGAAGUAUUAUUGAUCGGUUUUGUGUUGGAUUUUUAGGUAUUUGCCAUGUUGAGCACUCUCUUCCUGGUUUCUACGCUGCUGCUGUCCCACAGUCUCGGUAAGUUGCAUCAUAAGUUGCAUCAUUGGGCCAACUAAUACCGAUAACUUGAGCUUUUAUCCGCGGUGGAGAAAGUCGCUGUAUUUGGGUUCGCUGAUAGAAAGGGGGUAAAUGUAGAAACCCGUUUAUACCUGAGAGCUAACGUUAAAAAGAUUCGGUGUCAAAACGGUUCUUUUUUGCUACACAAGUACGUGAUUUUCCACUGAUUUCAACAGCAACACCUGCGUCGGGUUAGACCAUUAGGGGUUAGAAAUACUGAGGUGUGUCAAUUCUCUCUUUCUCACCAGGUAAACCAGGUAAUAAUGUAGAUUAAAGGGAUAUACAGGACAGGAAAUACAGGACUCUGAUUGAGUCCUGUAUUUCCAGUUCUUAGACAGGUGUCUCCUCCUUUGUGCUUGUGCCCUGUGUAGCUAUUCUGCCAACAUGUUUUUGGGUAUUGUACAGAUGUCGUCCCGUGUCAGCUUUAUUCCAAUAUCUUGCUAUAUUUUUAAGUGUGAUUCUUUGUAAUGGAUUUUACUUAUGUUUUUGAAAGUUUUACUACUAUGUCUAUUUCCUGUGAGUUCAUUGCAGUUUUUGCCAACAAGUCAACUUUUUCAUUCCCUCUGACUCCUACAUGAGCAGGAACCCAAAGGAAAGAGAUAACUAGUCCUUCUACAUGUCGGCAAAGGAGAUGUUUUAAUAUGUCAUAGACAAUGUCCUGUCUGCAUAACGUCUUCCCUGAUCUUAUGCUUUCCUGUCUGUUCCACUGUCUGAGGCAAUUAUAACAUUUUUCAGUUAUCUUUUUAACUUUGCCUAAUUUCUUUAACAAAGAGACUAAACACCACUCACCUACUCUCUUCCAGCAGCCGCUUGUUUGUAGCGAGGCCUUGGGCCAAUCCAUUACGGACUGCUGCGGGGUGACGCAACUCAAGGAAGAACAUUUAUGAUAAUUUCUUUAUCAUUUCCUUUAAGUAAUAAUCAUCAUAUUAAUCAUUUUACACUGCAGACACAGUAGUUCUUCUGUCUAAGCGACUCGGUCUGAUUGCAUUUCCAUGAAGAAAUGAUCAAAAAUGUUCUUCCUUGAGCUGCGUCACCCCGCUGUAGUCACUAAUGGACUGGCCUGAGGUCCCGCUACAAAUAAGCAGCUGCUGGAAAGAAAUUAGGCAAAGUUAAAAAGAUGUUUGAUGACUAGCACUGUGGCUAGGACCCAAUAUGUCCUGUUGAUGAAGUUAGGUGCUGCUCUGAGCAUUAUUUGUGGCUAUAGAGUGGCGUUUUGGUUGAGGUUUGUUUAGCUUUUGGUUCUGCUGUGUGUUGCUAUCGUGCGGUUUUUACUAAAGUUGGUAACUAGAGACGCAAGCGGUCAGCAACAUUCAUCUCUCCAGGGGUGUCUAACUUGGUGUUAGGGUGUGUUUGAUCUUAAAUCAGUUUGAUGCUGGAAUAUCCCUUUUAGAUUAAGAUUUGUCUUGAUAACUCAAUUCUAAUUAACCCUACAGGCUUUAAUAUCCUUCUUGCCAGUAGCAAGAAUACCAGGACAUGAUCAUGUUCUUUGCAAAACUAGUUGAGUUGGUUGAGUAAUCAAAGCUUGGUCUGAAUACCAAAGGAGAAUUGAAACCCCAAACAACAUGUGACAUGACACCUGAUCUUAUUGCAGUAGUAAUGCUGCUGUGAACUGCAGAGGUGCCUUUUGUCUGCACCAUGAUUAAAUUUAAAAGGUUGGAUAUAAACCUGUAUUUGACCAUUUAAGGACAGAGGGAAUAAGGUGUUAAGUAUCUGCCUCCUUUAGUUAGAAGGCAGGUUAAUUAAUGUGCUUCAGACUAAACAGACUUAAGGGUACAGUCUUAACAUCAUCAUAUCUUUUCAGAAAUUUUUACACGUUUGACCAGUUGAAUGUCCCAUCAAUAUAAAGAAAACUGUCCAAACAACCAUCUACAUGGACGCUACAAAAUUGACCUUAUUGAUAACAUACUCUGUAUUUGGAUUUAACCAUCGUUAUGAAAAUACUGAAUCGCUCUCAUCUUCUGUUUCCCUUUGAGGAGCCCUGGACAGUGAUGCAGCAAAGACAGUCGUGGCCUCUGUCGGUGGAGCCGUCAUUCUGCCCUGUCACAUCAGUGUCAGCGAUGACCUCCCAACAGUGGAGUGGCUCAAAGAAGGACUUGUUCCUAACACUGUCUUCCUGUAUCGCCAAGGCUGUGAGAUCCAUGUCGAGAAGAAUCAGGCUUUCUGGUACAGGUCCAGCCUCAUCAUGAGCGAACUGAAAAACGGGAACAUCUCGCUGAGGAUUUCCCCUGUGCGGCUGUCUGAUGAAGGGAGAUACAAAUGCAUGACGAUCCGCAAGACAGAUCCUCAGACGAGUGCUACUGUAGAUCUCAUAGUUGGUGAGUCCAGAGGUCAGAGGUUUGCCUUUAAACUGGAGUUCCUCAAAAGUUGUUCCUCUUUAGCCCAGACGAACGGCCUUACUCUGACCGUAACUAGACUUUCAAAACACAUUCGCUUUACUGGAAUAGCACUAAAUCAAACUUCUCAUAUUACCAUACUCGGAUAAUGUGGUUGGAGAUAUGUUUUUCUGACUGAUUAGAUGAGUAUUAGUUUCACUGGGAGAUGAUCCAAUCAUAAGGAGAGGACGUGUUGGUGUCAAACACUAAAGUCAUGCUUUUCACCACAAACUGACCAGAUGAGGAGGCGUUAAAACAGCAGCACCCAGUUUCAAAGAUUUUAAAGAUUUUAAAGUUCAGAGGUUAUACCUGGUUUGAUUCUUGUUUUUACAGGUGCUGCUUCAGAGCCCAAACUCUCAGUCAUCCCAGCCGGGGGCGAUGGGCUGACUCUUCAGUGUGAAGCCAGCUGCUGGUACCCGAGGCCCGUGAUAACCUUUUUAAACGACCAAGGAGAUGACAUCGGUGGCGACAACCCAAAACAUGAACCCAGCGAAGACCCACAACAUGAGAAUUGUUUCAACACCUGGAGGAGAGUGACUUUGCAGACCCCGGUCGGAAGGUUUGUUUUUUUUAGACUCAGGUUGGUUUUGUGUGUCUGUGAAAGUCCGCAGGACAUGAAUGUGGCUCUCCAGGUCUUUAUGAGACAAGAUUUAAAAGAACUUUUUGAGCACAGACCUCUUGAUCAUUUUACAAAAUUGAGAUCUCCAUUACAGGGUCAUCUGCAGGGCUCACGAGCCUAGCAUGAACCAGACAAGAACAACAGAGAUUUACAUCCCGGGUACUGUAGCACUCUAAUCCACGUGUAUCAGCUGAUUUCAUAUCUUUGCUCUUACUCUAACUUGCCUUUCUUUCUUCCUCAUACAGUGAGGUCUAAGGUCCUGGACAUCAUCAUCACUGCUUUUGUAAUUGCCUUUGUGAUUGGAUUAGGCCUGUGUACGUUCUACCUCUGCAAGAGGGUCUACCGCAGUAAGUCUUGAACAUUUUCGUUCCCCCUUAGAAAACAUAAUGUUUUUCUGAUUGCAGAUGUUAAUGUCCCAUAAUUCACAGCUGUAAAAAUCGUGAAUAUAGACGUAACUCAUAGAUCUGUUAAAAUCAAAAUGUAACGACUUUAAGUUGUUUUCUAUGCUGCUUCAAAGAAAUGUUUAAGUACAGACAAACAUCCAGUGCAAAGCUAACUUGUGGAGUACCCCAGGGGUCCGUCCUAGAACCACUCCUCUCUUCUUAUUUUCUGGUGGUUUAUAGUUCUGUCUCUUUUCUCUUUUUUCUCUUCUUGUGGCCCUAAUCCUCUUUCGUACUUAUCUCUCCUUGUCUUCUCUAUUCAUCUUUUUCUUUCUUUCUGGACUAUCUGAGCAUUUACAGAGUCAGAACCAAAGUCUUUCCGCUAAUAGUACAUGUGCUUUUCAGAUCACACAGCAGAGCGACCAAAGUGGAUGAUAUUUGGACAAUGUUUGGGUGGUCAAAGUACCACAAUCGGGAAUACUGAUGGUCUCCAUCACCGUGGAAACCUCGCUGACGCCACUGGAGGUAACAGCGCUGAGCAUCAGAUAAGUAUUGAGGAUCUGAGGCAAACGGUUGGUGCAAAAGAUAUAAUCCAAAAACAGACACCAGAACUGAAUGAACUGAAGUCCAAGCAAACUCCUGAUGUGUCCAAGAGCUGCAGUUCAGAAUCUACAACCUCAUCAAGCACUGAUGGGUCAGUACCUGGCAUCUCAACCCAGGGAACCCAAUCAAGCAGUCUUGCUCACUUGGACAAAGAUGAGAUCAUCCAAAAACGGACACCAGAACUGAAUGAACUGAGGUCCAAGCAAACUCCUGAUGUGUCAAAGAGCUGCAGUGGAGGAUCUACAACCUUACAAAGCACUGAUGGGUCAGUACCUGGAGUUUCAAUCCAGGGAACCCAAUCAAGCAGUCUUGCUCACUUGGACAAAGGUGGCAAUGGGUUGCCCAGUCCUCACCCAGCCUCUCCUACAGAUGAAAAGCCUGUUGGCCGUUCCAUGAGCAUGUCUGGGUCUUACCCCCCUCCAAAGAGAGUGAGUCUCCAACGCAGAUACUCCUCAGCAACCAUGGCUAAAAAACGUUUUAGUCUUUCCAAGUUGUCUGAAGAUGAGGUGGAGGAGCUGCUGCCAGAGAAGCCUGAUCAAGUAAACUGAUCUGACUUUAACAUGUAAACAUAGGUCAGGGCACAGGGAACCAAAUAUAUUGUAAUGUUCAGGCUAAUGUGUUAUAUAUUUUUUUAGCAAUAAUCAGCUCAGGUGGGGAUCCUUUUUUUAUAUUCUUGCUACUAUAGAGUCAUUUUCAUAACGAUUAUCAGCUCAAGUAGAGCUACAUUUUUAUAUUCUUGCAACUAUAAAGUCGUUAGUCGUUAGACGUUAUCCUGGCUCUCUGGUGAGGAAUUAAGAGAAGUCCAAAAACGGGAUUAUCUUGUUUUAGGGUACCGUGUUUAACCUGAUCGGUACUUUUUUAAGUGUUCUUGAAUGAGAUGUGAUCUGAAUCAUUUUUCACUGUUAAACACAAAGCCUCCAUGAGUCUCAUGUUUACAGCAGGUCACAUCAAUCAUAGGUUGUCUAUAAGUUGUUGGCUGAAUGUCUGAAUAUUUCCUUUUAUUAACUUUCUUCUUGUUUUUAAAAAGAGUUUUGUUUUUUUUGUUUUUAACUUUGUAAUUUGCCUGAAUUUUAGAUGAAGAGAUUAUACUCCCUCUGAAAACACCCAGGCCCCGAUAAUCAUGAGGUAAAAAUCAGAUAUCAUGAUAGCAUUACUUAAAUACAGUAGUCACAUUAGACGGGGCUAUAUCAACUGAAUAUUGUCCAACCAGGCAUUGUAAAAUGUCAUGUGGAGCUCAUCUGAUCUCCUGAAUGUUUCUACUUUGAGGACGGACACGUUAAUUUUACUUGUAGUUAGUCCUCUUUGCACUUUCUACCACUAAACAAGCUAAGCACCGACAAAUAAGCAAGCAGCAGCCCUUCCCCCAGAAUUUUCUAGAAGGGAUUCUUCUGUAAUCUUUGCACAUUUUACAACAACAGUUGUUGUAAAAGAACAAAUUCAACAUUUCCGUCCUGAAUUAAAUAUUAUCAAAGUAUUUAAAAGGAGAUAAUUUCAGUACAAGUUUUCCAAGAAUUUUGUGAAUGUCUUAGACUUUAUAGAAAAUAAAUUAUAUUAGCACUAAAAGUGACUGCAUAUGAAAUACUGUUGCACUUUGAAUAUAAGGGCCCAUUUUUGAUGUGGUAGAACUGUUAUCUGGUUUCUCAUUCUGAUCUGUGGUGACUCCGUCUUCUUAGAGACAGACAGACCAAAAUGGAGCCACCCUAUUCUUUUAUCAAGCGUGAAUGCUGUUUCUUUACUUUGUCUCUUUAAAAGACAAUGUUAUCUGAGCAUGUAUGUUUACAAGUCUUUGUACUUAGGAAAUGUUUACUCUCAUGAAAUAAUCAGGAGUUUAACUUUUACAUUUCACUGUGAACUCUACAUCAUUUCUAAAGAACAUUUUAAGGUGUCAGGGGUUUAUUCGUAAACUGGUGCUUACUAACCACAUGCCAAAGGGAAAAGAAACCACUCUUUUAUUAAUGUGACUGUUUAUAGAAAUGUGAUGAAUUUUUCUGUCUUUCAAGUGAUCGUUACUGUUCACUUAUGUCAGCCCAUCUGUAGCACGUGUAGAUGUAGCACCCUUAAAUCCUUUUGUGAGUCCUUUUUAUUUUACUUUGAAAGCAUUUAUCCUGUAUGUUGAUGUGAAGUUACAGUACAUUGUUGUCUUUGAAAAUAAUAAAACAGCACCCUCUUGUGGAUAAACAUGA